UGAUGUUUCUAAAUGUUGAAACAGAGCUUCGGGAUUGUAGUUUACAUGGUCCCAUCAGUAAAGGGUGUUUAUAGCUGAGAACCUUUGUGAUUUGCAUAAUGCCUUGUUUAAUGCCUUGGGUUCUCGAGAGCAAGGGCACGACGUUAUUGCGCUGGCGGCUUGCAAGAAAAGCCGUGCCACCACUUCUAGGAAAUCUAAUCGGCGCUAUUCUGCAGUAAAAUCCUCGUAUUUUAUUUGUCGAAUAUUCUCGUUGGAGAAUUGCAUUUUCUACACUUUGAGUGGCUAAAAGCAUGUGAAAAGCAUUCUUCUAUUUUUAAGGACACUCAAAGGACGUAUUUAUGACUGGGUUUCUUCUCGCUUCCUCUCCAGAUUUUUGAUUUUCAUUGUGUUUACAUAAAUCUGGCCACUUGACAGUAACAUCGGUCGCCUAGGUUGGCUACUGGCAGUUAGUUUUUUUUUUAACGCAAUGGAAGUAUUAUUCAAACAAUUGAGGCAAUGAUGUUUCUUUUCUCAGACAAAGUGGCAUAUCUGAUCAAAUUCAGGAGGAUGCAAGGCCGAAGAGGAAACGUAAUUUAAAAAGUAGGCUAUGUUUUUAUUAUUUGAAUAAACGAUCAUCAGGAUGUUUAUUCUUCUUAUCCCACUAACCUGAGUAGUGGAAAUGUAUUGUUCAGUAACGGAACUUUUCUUGCUCUGACAGCAUUGCAUCACCUCUGUGGCAAAGGAGUAUCUCUGGAACAAGCACGGAGCACAUCUUUACCCCCCAUUUAUCAGCUGCCCCUUGAUUCUUUGUAUUGUUGUAAAAGGUGCACUGUUUACAGAUGUAUCUCGGACUUGAUGAGCCCGUGCGGGAAUGCCAGUAUAAUCAGAUUUGCACGCGCAACUCGUUACCUAUGGAGACUUUAGGGCACAAAAAGAAGAAGAUUCCCCGAAGGAAGUGGCAGGUCUUUCCCGGUCGAAAUAGAUUCUACUGUAAUGGAAGGGUCAUGAUGGCGAGGCAGACCGGGGUCUUCUACCUAACCCUAGUCCUGAUCAUGGUCACCAGCGGGCUUUUCUUCGCGUUCGACUGUCCGUUCCUGGCGUCCAACCUAACCCCAGCCAUCCCAGUGAUCGGAGGGGUGUUGUUUUUCUUUGUGCUGGGGAUGCUCUUCAGGGCCAGCUUCAGUGACCCGGGGGUCCUGCCCCGCGCCACGCCCGACGAGGCUGCCGACCUGGAGAGACAAAUAGGCGCGGCUAACGGCCCCAGUGGUCCAGGGUACAGGCCGCCCCCGAGGACCAGAGAGGUGGUCAUCAACGGGCAGACGGUGAAGCUCAAGUACUGCUUCACCUGCAAGAUCUUCAGGCCCCCGCGGGCCUCGCACUGCAGCCUGUGCGACAACUGUGUGGAGCGUUUUGACCACCACUGUCCCUGGGUGGGGAACUGUGUGGGAAAGAGGAACUACCGUUUCUUCUACCUCUUCAUCCUCUCCCUCUCCUUCCUCACUGUAUUCAUAUUCGCCUUCGUCAUCACACACGUCAUCCUGAGAUCCAACCGGACAGGCUUCCUCAGCGCACUCAAAGACAGCCCUGCCAGUGUGCUGGAGGUGCUGGUGUGUUUCUUCUCGGUGUGGUCCAUUGUGGGUCUGUCGGGCUUCCACACCUACCUGAUCAGCUCCAAUCAGACCACCAAUGAGGAUAUUAAAGGCUCGUGGUCGAACAAACGGGCGAAGGACAACUACAAUCCCUACAGCUACGGGAACAUCCUGACCAACUGUUGUGCUGCCCUCUGUGGUCCUCUUCCACCCAGUCUUAUUGACAGAAGAGGCUUCAUCCAGUCAGACACACCCCAGCCUGUGUCACACUCCAACGGAAGCAGCAUGUACGCCUCCACCCAGCUUCACACUCACAUGUGUGACCAAGAGCACUGCAUUCAGAGCACCAAAUUCGUUUUGCAGGCUGCCGCCACCCCCCUGCUCCACAGCAACUCAGUCAUGAUUGGUGGAGGGGGACCCCCUUUCCCUGGGAAGAGUUCCUUGGUGGUCCCCUGUGCCUCCCUGGCCCCCAGCCAGCCCUCCCUGCCCUCCAUGCCCGGGCUGAGCUGUGCAGGGGACAUGUUGACUCUGAGGGACCCAGACACCCACUGCCACCACCACCACUUUGCCAGCCCUGAGGAGACUCCCUCGCCCUCUGGCCCUAUGCCUCUGACUUUGCCCUGCGCUGCCCACAUGACCCACGGUGGACACAUCCACCCGGCCCAGCUCUACGACCCAGCCAGCCAGGACUCUCUGCAUGAGGACUCUGUCAGGGGCCUGGUUAAACUCAGCUCUGUCUGAGACUGGGCCCCACUGCCAUUUCCCCCUGGCUCUUUGGAACCACUACCCAGACAUCACACUAUUCCCUAUGUAAUGCACUACUUUUGAUCAGAGCCCAUGAACUCUGGUAAAAAGUAGUGCACUAUAUAGGGAAUAGGUUGCCAUUUGGGACGUAGCCUCUCCCCUCUAUCUCUCCUUCCCUCCACACUCAGGACCAAAGCCAUAUUUCCCCGAACAUUCCACCUGAGCCCUCCCUCCAUCCCACCCAGAUUUGCGUCCACCUGUUGAGUUAAGCUAUUGUAGUGCCAAACAGACAGACAGACCCUCAGUCUCCACUGCACCUGACCAGGACCAAAGUCACACUUCUGACUCCCACUUCCUCUUCACAGUAGUAUAGCUGGUGCUUUACCAGGUGUCUACCAGGCCUGGAUACAGGUUCAGCCUUCUGCCAAAUGUUCAUGACUUGUGCAUUAUUCUCCAAUGAAAUGUAGAGGAAAUCACCUGAAUCUCUCUUCUCUCUCAGCUAAAACCUACCAAGGCAGUUGCCAUUUUGUUUUGCUGACAUCCGAGGCCACACACAGCGUGAUACUUCCCUGGUUCUUCAGGACUGUUGAUUAGCUGGAAAGACAUGAAUCAGGACUAAAUACAGGACUUGUUUAUAGGUUUCCAUGUGUGUUGUGUGUCCUGAGUGGUGACACUAUUUUAUACAGUAGUAAUGGCCACAGAUGAUGUCACUUCCGGUUUGAGAUUGUGUCAACACUGUACGUGGUAAUCGGUGGUGUUCAUUAGUCAGUCCUGGUGUCUGUGUGACGCCAGUCGCAUUUAAUUUUUGUUUUGUUCAAAUGUGAUGCCAAAACAUCAUGUCUGCAUCCCAAAUGUCACACUCUAUUUAGUGCACUACUUUUGACCAGGGCCUAUAGGGCUCUGGCAAAAGUAGCGCACUAUAUAGGGAAUAGGUUGCCAUUUGGGAUGUAGAUAAUAUGUAAUAUGAUUACUGUGCCAAGAAAUUGUCAUUGACUUCCAGCUUUAUACAUUAAUGCCUGUGGAUAAUUAAUAAAUUCACAUUUUUUUAUGUACAA